AAGAGCUUCUAUAGAGUUGUUCAGAUUGAUCGGAUAAGGGAAGAUGUCAGAGGUGGCUAAGAAAAGCCGCAAACGUAUCCUCGAUACGCCCAAGGAUAUGGAGGACGGUGAGUUGCCGGACGGCAGCAGCGGAGAUAUAAUUCCCACGUUUACCGAUGGCUAUGACGAAAAACUGCAAGGCGACGCCGAAGAUCGCGCAAGAUUGGAUAAUUUGAAUGAGUUGCAAAGGGAGAUUGAGCUGUUUGAGCGCGGAGUGAAGCGCGACGAAAAGCGUUCCGAGUGGAGCAUUAAAUGCCAACUGGCUCAGGCUAAAGGCCUUGACCUGGCCACCAAAGAGCGCUGCAGAGUACGGCGCCUUAACCUGGAGGCGCUAAAAGCCGCCAACAAGCGUGGAGGUGCCAUUGAGCGCUUGGUGGCCCAACGAAAUAUCAAGAAAAACAAGCAGGUUUCAGAGGAGUCAUCCGUUUCAGAGGAACUGGAAUCGUCGGACCGGUUGUCUUUAGCUGAGUCUGUUCAGUCCACUCCGCAAGCUAAGAAGGUUAAACUAAAGGCAGCAGAUGUCUACUCCGAUGAUUCCUCGAGUGGCAGUGAGUGGGACCGUGAGCCAGAGCCAUCGAAAUAUAGCGGAGAUGAUGACAUCGGCGUCGUCACUUCCCGUGCGGAACUUAGUAAGGCGCUGCUCACCCGUAUCCAGCUGGAGGGCAUCCUGGAAAAGCCCGUGUUCGAGAGGACAGUGACCAAUUGCUUUGUGCGCGUCAGCAUUGGUCCGUCCGGGGGUAUUAAUUCCGAGCCCAUUUAUCGGAUCUGUGAAAUUGUCGGCCUCGCCGAUGCCCGCAAGGAAUACCAGUUGGGCAGAAAGCUAACCGAUCAGAGCCUGCGCCUAGAGCAUGGCGGAGAGGAGCGCACUUUCCAAAUGGAUCUCGUGUCGAAUAAUCCUGUGACGGCUCGAGAGUUUACCGAAUGGGUAGCAACGUGCCAUCGCGAUGGCAAACCGCUGCCCACUCUUUCACGUUUGGAGCAGAAGCAUAAGGACAUUGUGGCUGCCCAGAACUACACCUUCACCGAAGGCGAUGUCGAGCGCAUUGUGCAGAAUAAGCGGAGAGCAGGGAAACAUCCGAUGAGCGGUGCCUACCGCAAGGUCUGCCUGAUAAUGGAGCGCGAUAUGGCACUCGCCAGCGAGGACAUGAACAAGUACUAUCAAUUGGAAAAUCAAAUCACAGCGAUUGAUGAGAAAUCGCGCCAGGAUCAGCUCAAACGAGGCGUCCCCUUUGUGACCGCCUCCCAAGGUGUUGCCGUCAGCAGCAUUGUCCAUUCUCGCGCCCGGGCCAAGCUAUCAUCCGAGUCUACAUUGAAGCUUAGUGCCAACGAGCAGGCACUGCGGCCCCACAUGAAGCGCAAGUACAUGAAGAAGCCACCAUUCAAUCCGCAACUCGACUACUCCCAGCUGUUGGAGAAGGAGAACAUCGAGGCCAACAAUGCGACCAAUGUCCCACAAAAUGAGCGCAGAAAUGUGACUUCCGCUGAGAAGAAGAAUCUCUAUGAUCUGCAUAACUUUGAGGUGGAUGUUAAUGUCGACAACUUGCCCAAAGUUGCCUCAGUUUUCAAGGACGGGAAACUUGUUGUUGGACAUUAGGAGGGCGCACAAACGAAUGAGCUUCAUGAGAAUUGUAAUAAUGGACACGAAAAUCAAAUCUGAUAUCAAUCUUUUAUCUCCUUUAUGUGCCACAGGGCUUAGCUUUUAACCCCUUACACUUUUUUCAUUUCAAAUAAGCGAAUUUAAUAAAUUCUUGCCAACAUUCCACAAGCACAAAAGGGGCUAAAAGUGACCAACGAACUAGAGUGUUAAAAGCGCUGAAAAGCAAAUAUAACAGACAAACAGCAAAGAGAACUGAAUUGUAAAGCUCCUGCAACUGCAAUUUCCACGUUUCUAAGAAACUAAAAUAAACAAACAAACAUUUUAAAAGCUCAGUUUAAUAAAUAUAAUCAAAUCAAG